GAAGAACUAUAAAAUGGACGGGAACUGGAGUCAACAGAAAGAGCAGAAGAGGGAAAGACCGACAGAAAGGUGAAGGCCAGGGAAGAAAAAUGCUGCACAGAAGAUGCAACGGCAGGAAACCUUUCAUCGCAGUGUUGUAUAUGGUGGCGGUUUGCGGCGGCGUCCCCGUCAGCGACCUGCUGGAGCGAGCCUCUCAGCACUCGGACAAACUACACUCGCUCAGCACAACGCUCACCCACGAGCUCGACUCUCACUUCCCUCCUAUCGGCCGAAUGAUCAUGCCCCGGCCUUCGGUGUGCCACACGUCCUCAUUGCAGACACCCAGUGACAAAGAGCAAGCGCUUCAAGUGUCCGAGUCAGAGCUGUUCUCAUUGGCUCGUUCCUUGCUCCGAGCCUGGGUGGACCCGCUGGUGCUCCUGUCCUCUUCUGCCGACACGCUGCCUCACCCGUCUCAGAGCAAAAUAAUCAGCAAGAUCCACGAGUUGCAGGAACAUUCCAACAACCUGGGAGACGGCCUGAACGUACUAUCCGGCAAGAUGGAGCCGGCGGCUCAGAGCGUCUCGUCUCUGCCUUACAGAGGAGGCAAUGACAUGGGGCAGGACAAAAUAUCCAAACUCAUCCGAUUCCAGUUCCUCUUGUCCUGCUUUCGCCGGGAUUCCCACAAGAUCGACAGCUUUUUGAAAGUCCUCCGUUGCCGCGCGGCAAAAAUGCAACCUCACUUGUGCUAAAGAGCCAAGAUUUUUCCUUUGGCAAAGCUUGUAUUGUAAAGCAACUGUCGGUAACAUAUCCUCGAAAUAUAUACGCAGCGUGAGUUAGAGUGCUCAUGUUAUUUCAUAGGGAUGGCGAUCUGUCAGAAGGCGAACAAUAAGCGUCAACUCAUCGUUUGUCUCGUUCCGCUUUUCACUGGUCUGGCAUGAACUGCUCAUAUUUUCAAAAGACAAAGCGCUAACUGAAUUAGCAAUAUUGCUUUUCCUUGCAAUAUCUCCCCCCGUUAUACAACUACUACAUUUGAUCACUGAAAAACAAUAUGAUAUGACAAUAGGAUUGACAUUGGCCACCCAUGAAGGGAUGAUGGGAUUUUGUCCGCCAAGGUAAUGCUUGUUUUGCAGCGUUUGCACUGUAAUGACACUUUUUGGGGGGAAAUAACUGCAAUGUUUUCUUUUGAAAAAAUAAAUAUUCUCUGGCACAAGCAAAAAUCA